AACUCUCAACUAUAUAAGAUUUAGAUUACCGCCGUUAGAGGUUUAUGGUGAGCUACCGCGUCCAGGCAAAGGUUUUGUAAAAAGGUGUAACUAGAAAGAACAUAGGAUACCAAGUAAAAUCUUCAUACUACCAAACUAACAACCACCUUUUAAAAAACCCAGCACACAAUGGCACAGAAAACUCGUGGCUUAUUUCUGUGGAUGACAUCUACCCUAUGUUUUAUUAGUGCCACCUUAGCCGAAAGUAGUUCUUCGGGUGAGGUUUCCGAAGAACAUGCUUCUUCUUUAGACAAUUCGCACAUGGACAAACGUAGCAUGGACAAAUUUGGUUUCACUGGACAAUUAGGAAAGCGUGGUUUAGAUAGAUUUGGAUUUACAGGACAGCUGGGUAAACGUGCAAUGGAUGCGCUUAGCUUCGCUGGACAACUUGGUAAAAGAGAUAUGGACACCUUCGGAUUUACAGGACAACUAGGAAAACGUGGGCUUGACCAUUAUGGCUUCACGGGACAACUCGGAAAACGUGGACUUGACCAUUAUGGCUUCACAGGACAACUUGGGAAACGCGACAUGGAUCACUAUGGUUUCACAGGACAACUAGGAAAGCGGGGUAUGGAUCAUUACGGUUUCAUAGGCCAGCUUGGAAAACGCGGGUUAGACCAAUAUGGUUUUACAGGACAACUUGGAAAACGCGGACUGGAUCAUUAUGGCUUCACAGGACAGCUUGGCAAACGCAGUAUGGACCAGCUUGGUUUUACAGGUCAACUUGGGAAACGUGGAAUCGACCAAUAUGGUUUCACAGGACAACUUGGAAAACGGCGCAUGGAUCAAUAUGGCUUUACAGGACAACUUGGAAAACGUGCAAUGGAUAGAUUUGGUUUUACAGGACAAUUAGGUAAAAGACAGGUUGACAGGUUGGGAUUUAUCGGCCAAUUAGGAAAGAGACAAAGUAUAGACAAAUAUUCAUUCCUUGGUGCGGGAAUAGGAAAACGUUCCGUUGAAUCCACAGCUGAAGAGACGGAAAAAGCCUAAGGGCAGCUAUCUACGUCUGCAUAAUACGCUCAGAAGACGCCGAAAAAGUCAACUCUCUCGGUCUGUAAACAACCCUUGUUCUCUAAAUUCUUAAGGCUACUGUGCUGGUAAUGGUUCCAUGAAGUCAACCAUGAUUAUCAAGUAUUCUAAUGGUGCUUCGUCUCUUGAAUCAGCAUAAUACUGAAGACGGUGUUAUUGUUUAAACUAAGAAAGAAAUUCUGCCAGAGGCGUCUUUGCUCUUCAGUAAAUCCUGACUUGGGUCAAAAAUUUCACCCAUGACAUACACAUGUAUUAUAAGGCUAACUAUUAGAUUUUGACUUUUAGAAUAAUGACAAUAGACCAACACAAGUGUCUCUGAAUAUAUACAGCGACAAUGAAAAAGAACUGUGAGAAUAAGGCAAUAAUGUUAUUGUGUUUCAGUAUAUCUACCUACCAUUAUUAACUCGUAUCUGAAUGACUCGAGUGUCUUGAAAACAUUGAACAUUUUCAUUCAUCGUACAAUAAUUUCUAGAACUGUUUUGAUUAAUUUUAUUUUAUUACUAAUGUUAUAAUUAUGAUUUAAGUUUCGUGGCUUUUAUGUCCAAUUUAGAAACCUCGGUGCUCGAACAUUCCGUUACGUUUUUUUCUGGUGUAUCUGUGCAUAAUUAAAUCUGUUUUAGCUGUUGUUUAUUAAAAUACCACCGAAGAUCGCUACAAUUGUUUUCCUACCAACUCUUUUACAUGAAAAUGUUAAAUAAUCUCUUUUUUUUCUUUUGUCAAGGACAUUCUUUCUGUUUGCUUAAAUAUUUAUCACGAAUGUAAUUUACUGGAUCAAAUACAAGGGUGUUAUUAAAUAUGUUAUUAGUAUAUAAAAGGUUAUAUUUUUGAUGUUGUUUCCCACAUGGAUGCUGAUGUUUAAUAUGGGAAAGGGUUGUAGUGUAAGCGACGGGUGUCGUGCGAAACGUAGAGUUUGCUUACUCGUUUCGGAACACCUUAUACGACAUUGUCUUUGAUACUUCUGUUAUUUUAGUACGUUACCAUGGCACUGUCAACUUCUUUCUUUGUAGUUACGAUCUUUGAAUCUGAAUAACCUUCAGCAUCGAUGAUGGGCUACUGUAUUUUAUUUAUUGAGUUUCAGAUAUAUGGUAAUAUUUCAAAGAAUGUCUUGAUUUUUGUUCAUGUGUUAUUUCUCAACAUUAAAAUAUAUCGUGAUUAGCAUAUUUACUCAAAAUAUAGUAUCAUUAAAGUUCUAUAUAAACAACGAAAUAUACAUCCCUUAGUUGAAAAUUAUAUACGUUGAACUUGUAAGGUUUUAAAGGACGUUGGAUUAUACCCUUUUUUUUAAAAGACAAAUCAAAUGUACCAUCUAAUAGACGAUUUUAAUUAUACAUGCUCAAUCGACCAGCACACAAUUACCGUUAAUGUCGGGGCAUAAAACAGUGCAAAAUUUAAAUAAACAUUGGUCACCAUCACUCCCAACACAACAAAUUACAUGUAAAUUGAGGAAUAAACGCUGGGCAGACAGCUUAA